AUGUCUACCAGCCGGAGGUUCGCCUUUGCAAUAUGCAUUUUAGAAAUAAGUCUCCUGAGAGCGGGGCCCACUACCAGUUAUGACUCAGAGCCCAUGAAAAGCAGUGGCACACCAUUGCCCACAGACUGCAAGAUGAGCUCCUGGAGCAGUUGGUCCAAAUGUGACCCUUGCCUCAAACAAAUGUUUCGCUCAAGGAGCAUUGAGGUCUUUGGACAAUUUAACGGGCAAAAGUGCGUGGACGCUGUAGGAGAUAGACGUCAGUGCGUGCCCACGGAGACCUGCGAAGACCCUGAGGAUGACUGUGAAAAUGACUUUCGAUGCCACACAGGCAUAUGCAUAAAGAGGCGACUUCUGUGUAAUGGUGACAAUGACUGCGGAGACUUUUCAGAUGAGGAUGACUGUGAAAAUGAUCCUCAUCCUCCCUGCCGCAACAAAGUGGUGGGAGAGUCGGAGCUGGCACGGACAGCAGGCUACGGGAUCAACGUCUUAGGGAUGGAUCCCCUCAACACCCCUUUCAACAACGAGUACUACAAUGGACUCUGUGACCGAGUUUGGGAUGGCAACACCUUGACAUACUACCGCAGACCCUGGAACGUGGCUUCCCUGGCCUAUGAAACCAAAGCUGACAAAAAUUUCAGAACUGAAUAUUAUGAUGGACAGAUGCAAGUAUUCAGAAGUAUCAUCCAAGAGAAGAAAUCAAAUUUUAAUGCAGAUUUAACUAUAAAAUACACACCUUCUGAAGCAAUUGGACGGUUGGAAAAUAAAGUUUCAAAACCUUCUGACAGAAAAAGCAUUUCAAGUCAUUUAAAUGUCCACGGUACCUUUCGAUUUACAUAUUCCAAAAAUGAAACUUACAAACUGUUGUUGUCAUAUUCUUCAAAGAAGGAAAAAAUAUUGCUGCAUGUAAAAGGAGUCAUUCACCUGGGAAGAUUUGUGAUGAGAACUCGGGACGUCAUGCUGACAACAACUUUCUUGGAUUCUAUAAAAGCUCUACCAGCUACCUAUGAAAAGGGGGAAUAUUUUGCAUUUUUGGAAACAUAUGGAACCCACUACAGUAGCUCUGGGUCUCUAGGAGGACUCUAUGAACUAAUAUAUGUUUUGGAUAAAGCUUCCAUGAACCAGACAGGUGUUGAACUAAGGGAUAUACAGAGAUGUCUCGGGUUUAAUCUGGAUUUAUCUCUGAAUGCUGCACUUGAAUUUACAGGAAAAAUUAAUUCAGACAAAUGCUCAAAGAGGGGUGAUGGUAAAAUUGAAAACAUCAUGAAUGACAACCUCAUUGAUGAUGUUAUUUCAUUCAUAAGAGGAGGAACAAGAAAAUAUGCAACUGAACUGAAAGAGAAGCUUCUCAGAGGAGCCAGGAUGAUUAAUGUGACUGACUUUGUAAAUUGGGCCUCUUCCUUACAUGAUGCUCCAGUGCUCAUAAAUCAAAAACUGUCUCCGAUAUAUGAUCUGAUUCCAGUGAAAAUAAAAGAUGCACACCUAAAGAAACAAAAUUUGGAAAGAGCCAUUGAAGACUACAUCAAUGAAUUCAGUGUAAGAAAAUGCCAACCGUGCCAAAAUGGAGGGAAUGUGAUUCUGCUGGAUGGACAAUGUUUGUGUUCCUGCCCAAACAAGUUCGAGGGAGUUGCCUGUGAAAUCAGAAAAUAG